CACGUAUCCAGCAACCUCAUGAACAACAUGACCAAUAAAAGGGUACCCAAAAAGUCCGAAUACGACCCUGAAACGUUCAAUUUGGAAAAUUCGUUCGGCGCAGCAGAUGUAGUGUGCAAAAAAGCACCAUCACUGCGUCGAAGGAUCCCGCAGUGCAUGUAACGUUUUGUCUUGUUGGUUUCAUUGUGAACACGAAAUAUAGGUGACUACAUAUCUAGUAUCAUGAAGCUGAACUACAAAACCUUGGCCUUCUGAGCCUCGAGAUGUGGGGCAUAUGAAAUAGCGGAUAGCCCGCCUAAGGAAACCUUCCUUUCAAGCUCCUAAAUCAUCUGUCUUGAUUGAGGCGAUAUUCUAUAUGAAAGCGUAUUUGUUUACACGCGAAACAUGAGAAUGUAUUCUACACUGGUCUCCACACUUGCAAUCUUCGCGACAUGCGCCUUUUCAUCACCACUGCUUGACUCAAGCGUUCUUUCGACCACCACGCAUGGAACGCUCAAAGCAUCCAAGCGACACAGAGAUCUCAUCGAAAGGGGCACUGAGGUUUUGGUGACGCAUGGCAUUGAGCUUGUCUAUGCUGCAGAUCACCUAAGAGGGCCAGUUUUCGCUUCUCAGAUUCACCUCCAAUCCGAUCAAGAUGUCGUUUUCCUGGAGGAGUAUGACCACCUUCUUGAUGAAGUACACUGCAAUGAGUCCAUCAUGCAAGUUAAAUUGAAACGACACGGUGGAUGCUACGAUAGAGCGAGCGAGGCUUGGAGCGGAUUGCAAAGCGGAUUGUUGGUUUCCUCUCAUGAAACCUGCAGUGAGAACGGCGCACAUGCUGUCUAUAAAAUCCUGAGUGUUGAAAUCAACGACGAUACAGCAACGAUAGAGUUCCAACUGGAGGAAACUGUAAUCGAAAAGGAAUUUCAUUCAGCCACUAUCGAAUUUGGCCAUUCGAAUGAUGCAUAUGUUGUACACAAUCACGGUAGAUUGUCACGUCGCCAGAACGCAUCGCCGACGGUCACAGAGUUGACGGCCUCCGGCACUGCUACCCAGACUGAGGAUGCGACAGCAACAGCAGAUCUAGGUUUCUCCCAAGUAGACACUGUUUUCCUGGAAGGCACGAAUCUUAACCCUAUUGGUCUUGGGUGCAAGAACUGCACUGGUAAGGGCGAGAUGAUCAUUACGACUGGGAAGCUUGAGAUAAAUCUCCUCAACAUGGUGACCGGAGAAGACAACGAUCCCAUUGAAAGCGGGUUUGUCCAAUUUGACGUUCCGAACUUCGAGAUGUCUCUGCUUUUCAGCGCCAUUCCUUCAAUCACGUUUCCGCUCGGCGACUUCAUCCCAAUUCCCAACUUUUUGAUUCCUGGUACAGGGUUUACAAUUCCCAACAUUGCAACAUUCGGCGCAUUUGUGGAUCUAAAUGUUUCUUUAGAAGUUGGUCUCAGUGGCGGUGUCGAGUUAGGGUUUGGAUUUGACGUCAAGGUCCCAACUUCGGCAAUUAGACUGGAUAUUGCUGAAUUGCGAAAUUCAAGCAUUACUGGGUUUACAGACACCGAAAUAACAGCCAAGCCAAUCCAGGCCAAUGCGUCCGACAUAGAGCUUGGAAUGAAAGUUGGCUUUAGACCGACACUGAAAGCUGGGUUUGAGAUCAGGAACGCAUUCAACUUUACAGCAGGGCCAUACUUCUCCCUUCCGGAAUUCAACAUCGCCGUCGCUCAACUCGCGAGUUCGGGCGUUGGCGCUAACUGUGAGGAGAAGGGGGAAACCGUGGAGGACUUCACUAAAGCCUUCCAAAAUCUUACGCAUGUUGAAUAUAGCCUCGAUCUCGCGGCUGGAAUACAAGGCCCUCAAGGCUUCGAGUUCGAGCUGACUCGUACACCAAUAGUCGCUGCCACACAAUGUCUCGCAUAUCAGCAAGAGGGAACAUCGACGGGAUUGGCUGUGGCUACGGAAGUACUCGAGUCCAUGAAGGCAAGCGCUUCGGCGACAGCUACUGGGACAAUCGUUUCUACGAAGGGGUCAUCUGUAGCGUCAAGCAUAUCGAUGGGGCCUUGGGAAAGAUUUGGUGUCUUCGGAUUAAUGUCGAGUGGUGUCGCGACUGCGUUGUUGGCGAUCUUGCUCUAAUUUUCUUUUCUUGAUUACAUAUCUUCCACGAUUUUAUGAAGCGAUGCGCUGCGCUGGCUGAGAUAUGCGACUGCGUUGACGAGGUGCUUCCUGUUGAUUUCCACCCAGUUGAGCAUUUUCGGGCCCAUUAUGCUA